AUGCCCACCAUCACCGAACUCGCCCUCCUAACCUUAACCCCCAAACCCACAUCCUCCACCGCCGCCAACUUUCUCCAACGCGUCCGAACCGUGACAGAAACCUGGACCCGCCGCCCAGGAACAGUACGCUACCUGCAGUCCAUCGACGACCCGCACGCCAUCUACCUCGUCGGCCAGUGGGCCACCGUCGCCGAGCACAUGGACGGCUUCAUCCCUUCGGCGGGCAACCAGGGCCUGCUGCGCGAGGGCGCGGGGCUGUUCGAGCUGGGCGGCUUGUUUCUGCACUUUGACGCCGACGUCUCGCAUAUGACGCGUGGUGCGGGCAGGGAGGUGGAGAUUGUGAGGUAUAUCGUGCGCGAGGGGAUAUCGCGGAGGACGGUCGUGGAUGAGGCGUGGGGGCGGCUACUCGCGGCGCACGGGAGCGACCGGGUUGGAGGCGGUUGGAGGUUGGAUGGGCUAGACGAGAGUGGAGGCUCGGCGGGCGAGUUUGUGGUUUUCCGUGCGGGUGAUGCGGAUGGCGGUGAUGGAGACCGGGGAGGGUUGACGGUGGCGGGAUUUGAUGCCGACGUACGUGAUUGCGUCCUGCGAAGGGAGGUUGUACGGACUGUUGAGAUUUACCCUCCCAAGGAGGAUUAA